AACAUGAUUUUAAACAGAUUACCUUUACAGCAAUUAUUCGACAUGGCCAAUUGUAUCGGCAACGGACCUGCCUCAAUUUGAAUUGCCCGCCAUGGCAUCCCACGCGAAGAAGAAGACGGUGGAGCCGCUGCUGCGUUUCCCUUUCAUCCAUUCUCUGGCCAAUCCGUGCGGAUUUGCGUUGAAUUCAAAUUCGUCCUUCCCGACUAUACAAAGUUGGCUGACGGAACGACAUGUGAACCACUACGAGACGACACCUGCUCCGCUGGGCAAUCUGCGGACGCUAGACCUUAGCGGCGAAUCGACGUUGGCCCAGCAGAGUCUUGCCUUUCUCAUUCCAUUCCGCGAAGUCCUAUCGGCACCAAACGGCUCUCGCUAUUCCGGUGUGAAAUAUUCCAGUGAAGACCAGCGUUCCUUGACGGAAGAAUUGAAACUCGUCGUCACGGAAGCUGGGCAUUUGAUCCGCCGCAUUUACGCGCCGUCGGGUUUACAUAAAUGCGGAGGUUUUCAAUUGCAAUCGUUGCCACAAGAGGAUCUCAUAGUUUCACCGACGGGUCAGAUCCAACUGGAAGAAGUUUAUCGCACUUUGAUGAUAUUUUCUACUCAUUUGCAUUUGAUGAUUCGCGACGCGUAUGAAUCAUCUCGAUUUUGCCCGUCAGAGAACUACGUCCGCCUUCAAAACAUGCAACAGUUAACCGGCAAAGUGGAAACGUCCAUGUGCUUGAUUUUGCAUUCGGCUCUGGUGACGGAAAAUUGCGAUAACGUUAAUUAUUUCCGAGUGACGCGUCAAAUUCUUCAAUCGUACGUCCAUCGCUAUUACGAUUGCUCUGCCAGAGAAAUUCGAAGAUGUUUGGUGUUCCGUUACGGCGAUCGAAUUUUGAGUCUUCUCGAACGACAUGUUCGAUCGUAAAGACUGGACACACGCAUUGAAAUGGGAAAUUGAUUGCCCAUCGUUAUUCGGCGCUGCAAGUUUGAAAAAAAAA